CGACAGUGUUUAACAAUCUUGUUGAAAAACAGAACUCCUCACAUUAUUCAUACAUAUAUGGGAUUCUACCAAUGAUCCUAGGCGAUCUAAAGAGAGAAGUUAUUGAGCAUAAAAAAUGUUUGCUUUCAGAUUCUUCAUUACCCUGUUUGUACUCUCCCUGCUCAGCCUCAUCACUGAAGCUCAGAACCCGACUUACCUUUACCAUGUCUGCUCCAACACGACCACUUUUGCCAGAAACGGCACUUAUCAAUCCAAUCUCAACGGCCUCCUCUCCGCCCUCUCCUCCAGCGCCAACGCCAGCAAUUGGUUCUAUAAUACGACAUCUGGGGAAAACCCCAACAGGGUCUACGGCCUCUUCCUCUGCCGCGGCGACGUUUCGACCACUACUUGUCAAGAUUGCGUCACGUUUGCCACCGAAGAUGUGACUCAGCGUUGCCCUGUUGAAAAAGUUGCUGUAAUUUGGUACGACCAGUGCCUGCUCCGCUACUCCAACGCAUCAAUUUUCUCCACCCUGACUGAAUCAGGGGGUUUGAGAAUGUGGAACACUCAGAAUGCGACGGAUCCCACCCGAUUCAACGAGGUAGUGGCCACGGUGAUGAACGAUGCAACGACUCAGGCUGUGUUGGUGGCUAAAAGGUUCGCCACAAAGGAGGCUAAUAUUUCUCUGUUUCAGACCCUGUACAGUCUGGUUCAAUGCACGCCGGACCUGUCAACUUCGGACUGUAAUAGGUGUCUCCGAGGAGCCAUAGCUGCUCUCCCUAGUUGUUGCACUGGAAAAGUAGGCGGAAGAGUAUUGAACCCUAGUUGUAAUAUUAGGUAUGAAGUUUACCCUUUUUAUAAUGAGUCUGCAGUUGCAGCUCCGGCACCACCACCGCCGGUGCUUACUCCUCCUCCUGUUUCAGAGAUCAUCCCCAAAGGUAAAGGCCGAAAAUCAUGGGUGAUAAUUGUUGCCAUUGUUGUCCCGGUUGGUGUCUCUAUUUUGCUAUUCAUUGUGGGGUAUUGCUUGCUAACAAGGAGAGGAAGGAAGAAGUAUGAUAUUGUGCAGGGAGAUAAUGCUGUGACUGAUAUAACCACCGUAGAGUCACUGCAGUAUGAUCUCAACUCGAUUGAAGCUGCAACAAACAACUUUGCAGACAGUAAUAGACUAGGUGAAGGUGGAUUUGGGGUGGUUUACAAGGGUAGAUUUCCUAAUGGACAAGAAAUAGCUGUGAAGAGGUUAUCAAGGAGCUCUGGACAAGGAGCUAAAGAAUUCAAGAAUGAGGUUGUGUUGGUGGCUAAGCUUCAGCACAGAAAUCUAGUGAGGCUAUUGGGAUUUUGUGUGGAAGGAGAAGAGAAGAUACUUGUUUACGAAUUUGUGCCCAACAAGAGCCUUGACUAUUUUCUAUUCAAUGAUGAUAGACAAGGAUUGUUGGAUUGGUCAAGACGUUACAAGAUAAUAGGAGGCGUUGCUCGAGGGAUUCUUUAUCUUCAUGAGGAUUCUCGGCUUAGAAUCAUACAUCGGGAUCUCAAAGCCAGCAAUGUAUUACUAGAUAGUGACAUGAAUCCAAAAAUUUCAGAUUUUGGAAUGGCAAGGAUUUUUGGAGUUGAUCAAACUCAAGGAAGCACUAAUAGAAUUGUUGGAACCUAUGGCUACAUGUCUCCAGAAUAUGCCAUGCAUGGACAGUUCUCUGUGAAAUCAGAUGUGUAUAGUUUUGGUGUUUUAGUUCUGGAGAUUUUAAGUGGCAAGAAGAAUAGUAACUUUUAUCAAACAGAAGGAACUGGAGACCUAAUGAGCUAUGCCUGGAAACUUUGGAAGGAUGGGAGACCACUGGAGCUGCUGGACCCAAUUCUUGGAGAUUCUUAUGCAAGAAAUGAAGUCAUUAGGUGCAUCCAAAUUGGUUUGCUAUGUGUUCAGGAAGAUCCUGCUGAGAGGCCAACAAUGGCAACUAUUGUUCUCAUGCUCAACAGUUACUCAGUCACAGUACCCCUACCAAACGAGCCUGCUUUUUUCCCCCAUAGCAGAAUAGAGCCGAUAAAGUUGUUGGAAUCUGAUCAAUCUACAAGCCAGUCGAUGCAAUACUCAAUAAAUGAAGUCUCAAUCACUGAAAUAGGCCCUCGUUAAAAUUUUGCACCCUACAAUUUCCGUAUCUUCUGUAUUUUUCUAACAAGUACAAUUGUUGGGGAGGGGGAUUUGAAACACAGACCUUGAGCUGAACCGGGACUGGGAGAGAUGCUCUUUUCCAAUCGGCCUGAAAGCCCAGGGGUUCGCAGCCCGCUGUUAAUGUAAAACAGGCCUCUAUAAUUUUUAUUAGAAGCAGAAGCAGAUGUGGCCUGAUGUUUCUGUAAGAAGAUUACCAAGGUUGUAUUUUGGAACGCCCAAUAAAGAUUGUGUAUUUGAAUUUGAGGUGUAUAUUUUAGAUGUAUGUAGUUGAAAACACUUUUUCUU